CCAAGGUGAAAAGGAGAACCCCAUGCGAGAGCUGCGCAUCCGCAAGCUCUGCCUCAACAUCUGCGUUGGGGAGAGUGGGGACAGGCUCACCCGAGCAGCCAAAGUGCUGGAGCAGCUGACGGGCCAGACCCCCGUCUUCUCCAAAGCACGAUACACUGUGAGAUCCUUUGGCAUCAGGAGAAAUGAGAAGAUUGCUGUUCAUUGCACGGUUCGCGGGGCCAAAGCAGAGGAGAUCCUGGAGAAGGGGUUGAAGGUGCGAGAAUACGAGUUGAGAAAAAACAACUUCUCAGACACUGGGAACUUUGGCUUUGGAAUCCAGGAGCACAUCGAUCUGGGGAUUAAAUAUGAUCCCAGUAUUGGUAUCUACGGCUUGGACUUUUAUGUGGUGCUGGGCAGGCCUGGUUUCAGCAUUGCUGACAAAAAACGCAGGACUGGCAACAUUGGAGCCAAGCACAGAAUUGGAAAGGAAGAAGCCAUGCGCUGGUUUCAGCAAAAGUAUGAUGGCAUCAUCCUUCCUGGUAAAUGAGCUGUUCCUGUUACAAAAAAAAAAAACAAAUAAAAUUUUCUAACCCCCAA